CGCCAAAAGCUACUAAGCUCUCAAGACGUGCCGAACCCCAGUAUGCGUUACCAAUUGUGGCGAUGCCGUCACACGCCCUUCGCGACAGGUGUAGUAUGUCUAAGCGGCCUGUUACGCCGACACUACGCAAUCAUGCGCCCUAUCGUACUCAUAUCUUUUCUGUGUAAUCACCGGCUACGCCUCAAGGCACACUCCCAAUUAGUGGAGGUAAUAGGCACUGCAAGCAAACUGCUUAGAAAUCAUAAUCAUGCAAGUCCAGAUUACCAAGAUUACACGGACAACUUGCGAUGCAAUCGUUCUGAACCCUCGGAAACGGAGGACAAUGAAUCAGAAUAA